AUGCCCAAGAUAUGCCAGGUGUGCUCCUCCGAGCCUGCAAAGUACACAUGUCCGGCGUGCAGGGUAAUGAGCUGUUCCCUUGGUUGCGUGCAGUCCCAUAAGAUAUAUUGUACGCCAAAAGAGACCACCGCGCCCGAUCAAGGAGGAUCCCAAGCUUCAGCCGAGUCUGGAAAGGCACAGAGCACAGCGAACGGCCACGUAUCGGAGGAGGCCAGAAGCGGGAAGAAAGAGCCCUUCAGUUUGGAAAGUCUUGGCUCCUCAAAGGAGCUGCAGGAUAUCUUCACCAGGUUCCCCGGACUACGUGGGAAGUUGCGAGAGAUCUACAGAUCCACGUUGGAGGAAGAAUGGGCUAGCGCGCAACAUCCCGAUCUUGGCCGUAGGCAUGACCGCCGAAGAGGACACCAUCGAGGCGGUGGCAACAAAGGGCAGUGGACUGCAGAAAAGGGAUUCAACCGUGGUCUGGGGAAAGUCAGGAAAUGGAGAGAAAGCUGCGAAGAUGGAAAAAGCACGGGACCUGAUGCAGAGGGCUUUAUGCGAUUCAUCGCCCUGGUUAAUGACGAGUAUGAAGGACCUUCUUAA